AUGAAUGACUUCCUCAAGGUCCACAACGCUAUUCGAGCAAAGGUGGGUGUUGGCCCAAUGGACUGGAACAACACCCUAGGGACUUACGCAGAGAACUACGCGGACUCAUUGAUAAAAACAAAUUGUGAGAUGGUGCCCUCCAGAGGGCCUUACGGCGAGAACUUGGCCAAAGGUAAGAGCUCGCAGACUAGCGAGCAGGCCAUGAUGCAUUGGGCCUCCGAGAAGGCCAAUUAUGACUACGCCUCCAACUCCUGCACGAGAAACGGCGGUUGCGACCAUUACACUCAGAUGGUGUGGCGCAACUCCAUUCACCUCGGUUGUGCCAUCGUCAAGUGCAUCACUGAUUCGGUCGAUUUAAGCGUCGUCGUUUGUAGCUAUGGUCCCCCAGGGAAUAAAGUAGGGCAACGACCCUAUUAA